CGGGAGCGGCGGGAGGAGCGGGGCUUGUUCGCCGGGUGUCCGUGUGUGGGCCGGGCCGGGUUCCCGCGGGCGCCAUGUCGAUGUCGCACCUGUACGGCACAGACGGGGAGGAUGGCGUGGAGAUGGAGAACUUCGAGGUGUCGGACUGGGACCUGCAGAACGAGUUCAACCCCCACCGGCAGCGGCACCGGCAGAGCAAGGAGGAGGCGACCUACGGCGUGUGGGCCGAGCGCGACUCGGACGAGGAGCGGCCCAGCUUCGGCGGCAAGCGCUCCAGGGAUUACUCGGCCCCUGUGAACUUCAUCAGCGCCGGGCUGAAAAAGUCAGCAGCUGAGGAUAUGUCAGAGGAGGACUCCGAUGAAGACGAAAAGCCCAUUAAGCAGGAAGAAAUCCCUAAAGAGUUUGUGCCAAAGAAGCUAAAAACAGGUGGUAAUUUCAAGCCUAGUCAGAAAGGCUUUGUAGGGGGGACAAAAUCUUUCAUGGAUUUUGGCAGCUGGGAGAGACACACGAAGGGAAUUGGGCAGAAGCUUCUCCAGAAGAUGGGUUACGUCCCUGGAAGAGGUCUCGGGAAGAAUGCGCAAGGAAUUAUCAAUCCAAUUGAGGCCAAACAAAGAAAAGGUAAAGGAGCUGUGGGGGCUUAUGGCUCCGAAAGAACCAGCCAGUCUUUGCAAGACUUCCCGGUGGUGGACUCGGAGGAAGAAGCUGAGGAGGAAUUUCAAAAAGAGCUGAGCCAGUGGCGGAAGGAUCCGAACGGAGGCAAGAAAAAGCCCAAGUACAGCUAUAAGACAGUGGAAGAACUGAAAGCCAAGGGCAGGAUCAACAAGAAGCUCUCAGCCCCGCAGAAGGAGCUGUCGCAGGUCAAGGUUAUAGAUAUGACGGGCCGGGAACAGAAGGUUUAUUACAGCUACAGUCAGAUCAGCCACAAGCACAACAUCCCAGACGACAGCCCACAGCAGCCGCUGGGCAAGGAUGCCAAGCCCCAGGGCUUUGCCUUGCCCGAGCUGGAGCACAACCUGCAGCUUCUCAUUGACAUCACGGAGCAGGAGAUCAUCCAGAAUGACCGGCAACUGCAGUAUGAGAGGGACAUGGUUGUCAACCUGACCCAUGAGAUACAGAAGAUGUCCGAAGUCCUCUCGCACGAGGAGACGGCGAUUAGCAACCUCAGCAAGGUGCUGGAGAUGGUGGAGGAGUGCGAGAGACGGAUGCAGCCCAGCUGUGAAAAUCCCUUAACCUUGGAUGAGUGCGCAAAGAUUUUUGAGACACUUCAAGACAAGUACUAUGAGGAGUACAGGAUGUCUGAUCGGGUGGACCUGGCAGUAGCAAUAGUCUAUCCGCUCAUGAAAGAUUACUUCAAGAACUGGGAUCCCCUCAAGGACUGUACGUAUGGCACAGAGAUCAUAGCCAAGUGGAAGAGCCUUUUGGAAAACGAUCAGCUGUUGUCACAUGGUGGGCAGGACCUGUCGACAGAUGCUUUUCACAGACUGAUGUGGGAAAUCUGGAUGCCGUAUGUCAGAAACAUAGUGGCACAGUGGCAACCAAGGAACUGCGGGUCCAUGGUGGAUUUCUUGGACAGCUGGGUAAACGUCGUUCCUGUCUGGAUUCUGGAGAACAUUCUGGAUCAGCUCAUCUUCCCCAAGUUACAGAAAGAGGUCGAAAGCUGGAAUCCUUUGACAGACACAGUCCCGAUCCACUCGUGGAUCCACCCCUGGCUGCCCCUGAUGCAGGCGCGCCUGGAGCCGCUGUAUUCCCCCAUCCGGAACAAGCUGGCCAACGCGCUGCAGAAGUGGCACCCCAGUGACUCCUCCGCCAAGCUCAUCCUGCAGCCCUGGAAAGAUGUGUUCACACCUGGCUCGUGGGAGGCUUUCAUGGUCAAAAACAUCGUGCCUAAACUGGGGAUGUGUCUGAAUGAACUCAUCAUAAACCCUCACCAGCAGCACAUGGAUGCCUUCUACUGGGUGAUUGACUGGGAGGGGAUGAUUUCUGUCUCCAGUCUGGUUGGGCUGCUAGAGAAACACUUCUUCCCAAAGUGGCUGCAGGUGCUGUGUUCUUGGCUCAGUAACAGCCCCAAUUAUGAAGAGAUUACAAAGUGGUACUUGGGUUGGAAGUCCAUGUUCUCGGACCAAGUGUUAGCACAUCCUUCAAUCAAAGACAAAUUUAACGAAGCUCUUGAUAUCAUGAACCGGGCAGUGUCUUCCAGUGUUGGUGGGUACAUGCAGCCGGGCGCUCGGGAGAACAUCGCCUACCUCACCCACACCGAGCGGAGGAAGGACUUCCAGUACGAAGCCAUGCAGGAGCGGCGGGAGGCCGAGAACAUGGCCCAGCGCGGCAUCGGCGUGGCCGCCAGCUCUGUGCCCAUGAACUUCAAGGACUUAAUUCAGACAAAAGCAGAGGAGCACAACAUUGUUUUCAUGCCUGUGAUUGGGAAGCGGCACGAAGGGAAGCAGUUGUACACGUUUGGACGGAUUGUCAUUUACAUUGACCGAGGCGUCGUGUUUGUACAAGGAGAAAAGACUUGGGUGCCAACAUCCCUGCAGAGCCUCAUUGACAUGGCCAAGUAAGGCCCCACAGUGAACUGGGAAGAUGAUCUUGCAAACACUUUUACUGUAACUCUUAGAAUAAAGAAGUUACAGAUUUGUAAAUAGAAUGAAACUGUAGCUGUACGCCAGGAAUUUUUCUUGGAAGAGGUGUUCAGCCAGUGUCAAGAGAAGUCAGUGCUAAGGGAGGAAGAAGCAGUUCUGAUGCUUGUGUAAUUGCCACCAUGAUGGGAGGUGGUUCUGCUCCAGCAGCAGAUGAGCAGAAGGUCUUCAUUGACAGCUGUCACAGCAUCUCCUUUCCUGCUGCACUACUCUGGCCCUGAGUUACUGUCCCAACAGUUUCCCUCCCUCAGCGGGUUCCUCUCUCCUUGUCUUACCUCUCGGGGUGUGCUGAUGGCACCUUCGGCCCAGUGCCUGCCUGUGGGCCAUUGGCCAUCUCAACAGAGCUGCAAUGGGGCUGAUUUUUUUUUCCAGCAAAUUCACAGAACGUGUGCUGUGGGACUGCAGCAGUCUGGGGCUCAGAGGUGAAGGAGGGAAAUAGAGGGGUUUUUUCCCUAGAGGGAGGGAAACAGAUUAUAUAUAUUUUUCCCUAGAGGGAGAUGGUUCUUCACAGAAGAACAGAUUAAAUGCUGAUUUCAGUAGCACCAAGCAGCUGAAGGCACCUGCCCAUAAGAAAUAUUUCCUAAGCCUGCAUUUGGAACUAGACAACACCACCCUCAACUACAACCCCCUCAAAUAAUUUCCCCAUCCUGAUGCUUCUAAAUGUGUGUAGCAUAUGCAAAGGGAGGGGAUCAAACAAGCAAUUGUGUGGUAGGGAUGGUUUAAAAGGCAGAUUUUAGUUAAACUUGUUUGCUGUAGUUAAGUGAGUGGAAGUCAAAGCACAGCUUUACCAUUUAUUAAAUAAUUAAGAUAUAAAAAUGUCCCAUCACACUCAGUGUUUGGGUGCUGUUGCUUUUGGCAGAGCACGAUGAUGCUGUUGGUUCCUGAGCUUCACUUUGGCUGCACAGAAGCUGCCGUGGGCAGAGCCGUGGCCCCGUGGCAGAGCACGGUCAGGAUGCCGUGGCAGCCAGGCUGUGCUGCUCAGCUCUGUCCUCCUUCCUGAUGAUCUCCAGGUCCUCACAGUCCUGGUACGUUGGCUCCUCCACAAAGUUCCAGACCUCAAGAGACAGUCCCUUCAGCUUUUGCAAGGGAAACCAGUGGACGGAGGUGUCGUUAAAGGUGUCUAGGUACCGAGGGUGUGUGGGGAGCGCCACUUCUUCUGUCCCUUUCAACACCUAAAGAGCAUUUGAGGAAAAAGUUAUGUAUUAUGCAGAACUCUUCUGUAAAUUUCAGUUAAGAGUUGGUGAAGAUGGUGUGAUGUUAACCUCAGCUGCUGUGUGUUCUGCAAAGAAUGUAGAAUGAUCCCAAAGCAAUUCAUUUUUAUACUAUAGUGGCCAGAAAUAAAAGAUUUUUAAAAUAA